AUGGCCAAUUUUGAUGAAAUGGCUAUGUUGUUUGCCAUUAAUGACGUCGAGGAACACGAAAAUCAUAAUAUAUAUUAUGAAAGACAGGCUCGAAAUCCAGACAAUGUGACAGAUCCUUUUACAUUGUCAGAUUGUUUAUUUGUAAAAAACUUUAGACUCACAAAAGACGUUGUUAAAGAAUUGAUUGACCUAUUAAGACCACAAUAUAUAGUUUCAAACAAUCGUUCGUCUGCAAUUGAUUUGAAUACUAAAAUUUUUGUAACUUUGAAUUUUUUGGCUACGGGCUCAUACCAGUCUCCUAUUGGCAAUAGCCRAUUUAUGGCUCUAUCACAACCAACAGUAUCCCGUUGCAUAAGUGAGGUUGUGGCUGCACUUAAUCUACCCGAAAUAUUUAACCUUUGGGUUAAAUUUCCAAAAAAUGUUAAUGAACUUACCGAUGCCCGUAAUGGAGAUACAGGAUUUCCUGGCGUUAUUGGCUGUAUUGACUGUACGCACGUAGCAAUCACACCUCCUUCAUCAAAUUUAAACUUGGAUGAAAACCAGCAUCCAGAGUAUAUAUGUAAACCGCAAAGGAUAUCACUCAAUCAACGUCCAAUUGGUAAUGUUCUAUUACAUUUUAAUAUUUGUGAUUCUAAGUUAAAGAUAUUGAAUGUUAAUGCACUAUUCCCGGGCAGUACUCACGAUAUUCAUGUAUGGAACAACAGUUCUGUGUUACCAAUAUUGCAARAAUUGCACAGACGCAAUUAUAAUGAUUUUUAUUUAUUAGGUGAUUCUGGAUACCUUUUGCGUCAAUGGCUGCAAACACCAAUAUCAAAUCCAACCACUGAAGUCGAAGAAUAUUAUAAUAAAAAGCAAAUGUCAACCAGGAGCAUAAUUGAACGCUGCAAUGGAGUAUGCUUGUUAAAAGAUAGGACCUUACACUACAAACCAGAGAAAGCAUCUUCUAUUAUAAAUGYUAGUAUAGUGCUGCACGAUAUGUGUAUCACAAACAACAUAGAGCUGAUUGAUCAACCUGAUAUCCAAGGGCUUGAUGAUUUGGGUUUGAUAGAAGAUGAAGAUAACUUGGCUGAUUUAAACAACAGAAACAUAGAUUUAAGUCUAGGAAGACAACAAAGAAAUAAUGUAUUAAGAUAUCUAUCACAAAGAAAUGUUUAA